UUGCUACCAACACAGAACUGAGUCUGACUGAGAAGAACAGAAGUAAAAACUGUGAAACCAUCACAAGCGCAGCAUCGGAAGAAGGAGAAGAAGCAGAGAGAGAGAGAGAGAGGUUCCAUUUCUGAAACUUGGGUGUUCAUCAAGUUUGUUACUUGGGUAUCCCUUGUCUCUGUCUACUUCUUGCCAUGUCUGGAACUGGAAGUGCUAGUAACAAUGGUUCCAAGCGAAACCUGCCAUCAUGGUUGGGGACUUCAGGGGGGAAUGAGGAUGAAAGUAGUGCAAACAAACCAACUUUGGAUGAUGAUGGUGAAAAAUCCAGUGGAACUGGAAGUGUGACCCAUAAGAAGAGCAAGGUUCAAACUGAAAAGGGUAGUGGUGGAAAAUCUUCUGCUUCUGGUUUGGAAUCUAAAAGUUUCAACAACCUAAUGGAAGGAGUGGUUUUUGUGUUGUCAGGCUUUGUCAAUCCGGAGCGCGGCAUGUUGAGAUCACGAGCCAUGGAAAUGGGAGCGGAGUAUAAGCCUGACUGGAACUCUGAGUGCACUCUCUUGAUUUGUGCAUUUCCAAAUACCCCCAAGUUUCGACAAGUUGAAGCUGAUUGUGGAACCAUUGUAUCAAAGGAUUGGAUAUUAGAGUGUUACACCCAGAAGAAGCUGGUUGAAAUUGAAAGUUACCUUAUGCAUGCUGGGAAACCAUGGCGUAAAGGAGGUAGAUCACAGGAAGUCAAAGAAGAACCAAAACCAUCUGUAUCCAAAAAACCAGCAAAGCAUGUUGAAAGAGAACUACCUUCAAAGGAAACUGCCUCCAUAAAAUCAAAGGGGAAAGGCACUAACCAAGCUAGGAAAUGUUUUGAGCCUUCUGAAGUGAAAAAGUGGGCUGUUGAUGAUUUGAAUAAAACAAUUCAGUGGUUGGAAAGUCAAGAAGACAAGCCAGAUCCAAGUGAGACAACAAAAAUAGCUGCAGAAGGGAUUCUGACUUGUUUGCAAGAUGUAAUUUGUUCUCUUGAGGAAAAGAAGGACAUCCGGAAAGGAACAGAGGACUGGAAAUUCUUACCUCGUGUUGUUGAGGAGCUUGCGAAGUUGGAUGUUGUAGGAAACAACUCGGCCUCAAUGUCAAAGGAAGAUCUUCACAGACAGGCUCUGGACUGUAAACGUAUAUAUGAAGUGGAGCUGAAUAGGUCAGAUCAUGAAUGGACAAAGAAUUCCAAGAAAACUGAAGAACAGACAAGCAAAACUGGAAGAACCAAUGCUAUGUCUUCUGGUGGAAUGGAGUAUGAUAGUGAUGAGACAAUUGAGAUGACGGAACAAGAGAUAGACCUUGCAUAUAAGACUUUGUCCUCUAACAUAUGUAAUCAGUGAAUGCUGCUUGAACUUGUUCAUUAAGAGAUGAAAAGCAGUUAUUUUGGUUUACAGUAGAUUUUCAUUAGAUCUUUCUAUGGUAACAAUGAAGGAAAAGGCCCGAGUUUGUUAGAUUGGCAUGUUUUUUAAACUACUUUCUUCACUCGGUCUUUGUUAGCCAAUAUUUGGAUUUCGUUGAA